AUGAUGAUGAAACCCCAGGCGGAGACGGGGGAAGCAGCACGGGAUACUAGCCUCACGCCUGCACGGACGGUGUUGAUUGGGGACCCAGGAUCCAGCCACCGCCGCGCGGCGGUGGCGGUACUUAAAGGGGACAGAGGCUAUCUGUCAGGACUGGAGCACGAAUGGGCUCAGCCAAUGCGCAUGCGCGUGGCGCGAGCGUUUUCUCCGGUAACAGUGGUUCCCACGGUUGUCUUAGAAACCAGGCCCCGAGGCUUGGCAGAGCAGGGGCCCUCAGUGGCAGUACUUGGGUGUCUAGGCUCUGAGGCUAAGGCCUCACCUCUCCACGGGGUCGAAGGGAACGUCUCCGGAUGCCAGGAGUCGCAAAGGGCCGACCAUCAUGAUGAAACCCCAGGCGGAGACUGGGGAAGCAGCACGGGAUACCAGCCUCAGGCCUUCACGGACGGUGUUGGUUGGGGAACUAUAAUAGAUGCUAAGACCACCCAGCCCACCUCCAUGGAUUGCGCUGAAGGAAGAGCUGCAAACCUGCCUUGUAAUCACUCUACCAUCAGUGGAAAUGAGUAUGUGUAUUGGUAUCGACAGAUUCACUCCCAAGGGCCACAGUAUAUCAUUCAUGGUCUAAAAAACAAUGAAACCAACGAAAUGGCCUCUCUGAUCAUCACCGAAGACAGAAAGUCCAGCACCUUGAUCCUGCCCCACGCUACGCUGAGAGACACUGCUGUGUACUAUUUCAUCGUCAGAGUCGCACACUGGGACAGAUGGGGCUGCACCUGUGCAAUAUCUCCCUGGUGGCAAGUGAGGAGGAGGAACCAGAGCCCAGUCGGUGACCCAGCUUGAUGGCCACAUCACUGUCUCUGAAGAAGCCCCUCUGGAACUGAAGUGCAACUAUUCCUAUAGUGGAGUUCCUUCUCUCUUCUGAUAUGUCCAAUACUCUAGCCAAAGCCUCCAGCUUCUCCUCAAAGACCUAACAGAGACCACCCAGGUUAAAGGCAUCAAAGGUUUUGAGGCUGAAUUUAAGAAGAGUGAAACCUCCUUCUACCUGAGGAAACCAUCAACCCAUGUGAGCGAUGCUGCUGAGUACUUCUGUGCUGUGGGUGACACAGUGCCUGGGACUGCAGGAGGAGCUGAACACAAACUUCCUGAGACACUGAGGUUUUCAGGAACUCGAGGGCACAGCCUGACCUAUUUGUAGCAAGGUCUCUCAUUUGAUGAAAGUGAGAAAGGUGGAAGAACAGAGCCAUGAGGAGUGCUUGACUCCAGAGAAGAAACAGAGACUUCAACACGUUCCUUCUUUUACUACUGGGUCACAUCAGACAAGACGUAGAAGAGACAGACUUCUAUGACUAUUCUCCUUCUGCUUGGAAAUACCACACUGAAGACCGUCAAGUUUUUUUUUAUUAUACUUUAAGUUUUAGGGUACAUGUGCAAGAUUUUAAAUUAGUGUGACCAGUACUGGACUCCUGAUCCUCUCCUUCUCACUGCCAACAUGCUGCUUCUAUUACCUUUUGUUUUUCAAUCGACAGCAUCUCAUUCUUUCAGAAUCUCUGCCCAUAGCCUCAGAGUUAUUUUUGACUCUUAUUUUUUCUUUCACUAUUCACAUUGAAUCCAUCAAGAAAUUCAGUUGGCCCUAACUAAAAGAUUGACCCAUAGUUUGACCACUGCUAUCUCUUUGGUCAAGCCACCCUCAUCUCAAUGAAUUACCGUAGUAGCCUUCCAAAUGGUUUCCCUGCUUGUCCUCCUACAGAACAUUCUUAAUACAGCAGCCAAUGAGAUCUUUCAAAUAUAGAUAGGUCACUCAUCUACUCCAAUCCUUGCAAUAGCUUCCCAUUUCUCUUAGAGUAACAUCAAAGUACUUACAGUGACCUGUAGGAAUGUGUGAUCUAUCUCUCGUUACAUUUUUAAAACACCAACAAAAAAAUAACUUUGGCAACCCUGAAUUCUAUACCAGUGAAAAUAUCACAAAGAAAUUAUAGUAAAGACAUUCUCGAAAGGAAAACUGAGAGAAUUCAUUGUGAGCAGACCUGCUAUAAACGAAGUCCUAAAGGAGGUUAUUCAGGCUGAAGGGAAAGGAUACCAGAGGAAAAUUUGCAACUUCAAAUACAAAGGAAGAACAACAGAAAUAGUAAAUAUAUGAUAAGAUACAAGAAACUAGUUUUCAUUUCUCUUUUACAGUCAGCUUUAUUGAGGUAUAAGUUAUAUACAAAAACUAUACAUAUUUAAUAUAUGCAAUUUGAUGAGUUUGGACAUAUGCAUACAACCGUGAAACCAUCAUCACAAUCAAGGCAAUAGACAUGUUUGUCACCUCUAAAAGUUUCCUUGUGACUCUUUGUUUUUGUUGUUAUUGCUGCUGCUAUUGUUGUAAGAAAAAUUAACAUGAGAUUUACCCUCAAUAAAUUUUCAAGUGCUCA